AUGCAAAGAACAUUUUUGCGUUUUUAUUUGGAGAUUGCUAAACAAUAUAAUAUCAUCACCAUUGGAAACGAGAGAUUCAGAUGCCCAGAAGCACUCUUUCAGCCAUCAUUCCUUGGUAUGGAAGCAUCAGAUAUCCACGAGACAACUUACAAUUUAAUCAUGAAGUGCGAUGUCGACAUCAGAAAAGACUUGUACGGAAACAUUGUUUUGUCUGGUGGAAAAUCAAUCCAAAAAUCAACGACAGACAAGAGAAGGAGAAAGUUGCAGAUGAGAAAUGAAAUGGCAUAA